AUGCUAUCUCCAACUUUAGUACUACUUGUCGUGCUCGUUGCUGCAUACGCCGUUUCCGACAUCGCCGUCCAUGGCUCUAGGACGUUGCUCGCCGUGAUACAAGCUGUUCACAUGCGCGACUUCAUGCGCGACUUGUGCAAGGACUUGUACUAUCAGCUUGUCCCUCUCUUGGAAAUUGCUUCGAUAUUCGUGAUGGUGCAAAUCGUUCAAGUACGCGACUUCAUGGGCGGAAACCUAGCUGCUGCGCGGAUGCUCAUGGUAGUGCAGGCUAGUAUUUACAAGUGUAACUUUAUGCAUAAACUGGGCGAGAAUCUGUUCGAUCAGGCGCUGCCUCGUUUAAAGCAGGUCGUUCCUCCGAUAUAUCUGCACACUGCUGCGCUGCAGGCCUCGUUACAAGAACUUGUCCCAGUUUCGGUUGUCGACUACCGCACGGUGCUAGCUGGCAUUCUUCGAUCGUUGUGGACUGUGCCCACCGCAUUGCUGCUGAAAAUAUCAGUGAAGUGUCAUUUCGGAUAUUCUCAAAUGGUUCUUGCUUUGGUCUUUCCGUUGGUCGACGCCUUAGUGCUCAUGCUGUUGCAGACGAAUCUUAUUGCAUGGCCAUUCAGUCAAACUCUGACCUCGUUAGAAGCUUCGGGUGUGCAAGGUAUUGAUAUUCCACCAACGCACUCGGACUCGAACGAUGACGACACCAUCAGCCGUGAUGGUACGGGGGCCCGGUCGAUUAAGACUUGGAAGGUUUAUCGGCCGAGGAAUGUCCGUGUGGCUGUGGAGGAUUCUCGAAAGUCUGCGCAGCGCAAGAUCUAA